AUGGCCAAGAUAUUCGAGAUUGCUAAACAAAAUCUAGGAUUGUCAUCAGAUCCUAAACUUAACUUUCGGUCUACCACUUUGACUCAUUUAUAUACAUCUCCCAAAACAAUUCCGAUUUCAGAAACUUCAUAUUGGUCAAUAUAUUCAACUAUCUUUGACUUCGCCUCGGAUGUUCCGAUCCUCAUCUCUUCCUCAGAUAUCCGCAAGGCCAUUCGUGAUCGGCCUAGAAAUGUAGCCAAUCUUCUUCAUGUCCUGAUUCAUAAGCUCGAUGAACUUGUGCACUCACAGACUACUCGCCGAGAUCUUGAAGAAAAAGACCGUGGAGAACGUGGUUCUGAAGAUUCUAACGGUUCAGGUGCAUUUACCAGUCAAUGGAAAGGAUUUAGCAAAAGAGUCCCUAGCUCACUCUACCAGGGCGCUGCCAAUAUUGUUGGCGUUGGAAGUAAUGGUAACAUACCCAAGGGACCACUGCGGGAAAUACUCAACUGUGUCAGGGUCUUGACACGUAUCUUGCCUUUUCUCAUGGAUCACACUCCUCUGAUCGACCCCUCGAUGUCUUCCCCGAUCAACGCUGCCGCUGAACUACGACUGGCUGGUCAACCUGAAUGGAGCAAACCGCUUGACAAAUCGGAAUGGGUUUAUCACUUGUUUUGGGAGAGCCAUUCGAUCUCGUCUGAGAAAGACGAAGAUGAGCUUGCAAGUGUUACAGAACGGACCUUGACACCGGUUACACCUCAGUUUGUGAUCGAUGAAGAAGAAGAAGAAGAAGAAGAAGAAACAACGGAAACUAGUAAUCUAAAUCCUAGUAGGCCAGAUGCCACCGAGGGUAAUCCAUCAUCUUCUCACGUGUCUUCGAAUCAACAACCUCCAUUGUUUUCCAUCUUACUCGACACUAUUGCCGAUCUCCUCUUCCUUCCUGGUCUAUGUGUUCCUGCAUCAACAAACGGCAUUGAUGUGCGUUACCCAAUUUGGACUGGCGGUAUCGGAUGUUCACAGCUGCCUUUGGAACAUCGACAAGCACAUAACUCAGCGAAAGUGGAAGUAUUGCGACUCUUACUCGUAGCCCUUUCUCAGCCACUCUACCGCCCACCUCAUCUUUAUGGUAGCAGUACAACCGAAUUGGUUCCAGAAGCUGGUCACCCGCUCGCUUCAGUACUGCAAUCUCCAAACCCAGCAUUGACUUACUUCAGUACCAAGACCUCCAAACCUUUCCUGCUCUCCCUUCUAUGUAGUCUCCUCAACACCUCACUCGCUCCGUCCAAGACACCUCUCAGAAAUUCAGCAAACGCCCUCACAAAUAUUGCCACCGGACUGGGCAAAAUGGCACAAGAAAAGAUGGGUUUCUCAUCUUCCAUAAGUCCAACUUCAACAGCCAAGAACUCUCAGAUAGAAAACUCUUCUACUUCCACUGGUCCUCGGCGCCCAAGUCUCACCACUGCACCUAGUAGCUCCAAUUUGGGAGGGGCAAGUCAGGCGACUUCAUCCGAGGGCUUGUCCAGCUGGUGUGCAGAGCUUCUCUGCUUACUCAUCCUUCCUGAAUUACGGAACAAGACUUCUACGCCAUCUUCGACAACAUUUCAAAGCAUUACACUUCCUGCUCUUGACGCAUCACAGCCCAUGUCUACGGAAUCUAAGAAAGUGACAGAGGCGAACGGGUUUCGGCUUUAUCUCUCCAAACUACAUCGACCCAACGAUCUAAAUUUUCUCCUUGACCACCUUCUCGCCGUCAUCACCAAGCCAAUGGGUGUCACUUCACAACUACUCCUUCCUGACGCUGUUUCCUCUACAGCUACGGCCAGUUCACUUCUAGCACCCUCAGGAUGUGAUCUUACUGAGGCUGUGAUGAUGCUCUUCGUGGCCCUGGAUUGCAAUUCGCGUCUCUUACCGUAUCUCACAAGUUCACGUAAAAUCAUUCAACUCGUCAUUGCACUUGUCUUCAUCUGUCUUGAGCAAAAAGAUGCUCCUAAACCCAAGAUGGGUCUAGUUCGAGUUUGUGGUAUUUUAUUACAAGUUCUUACAGCCAAAGAAUUGGGUGUACUUGUGAAUGAAAAGGUAGAAUUACCGGUAGGCAUUCGAGCUCGAUACUCAGUACCAGGUUCAUUGGCAGACUUUUUGAUAGUCUCGAUCUGCUCGAUCAUCUUCAGUACUAACAAGGAGGCGGCCGUAGAGGGAAGUGAGAGUGGAUUUACAACUAUCUAUCCUUCGUUGAUCAUCACAAUCACCAAUAUGAGUCCGUAUAUAAAAGGCCUAGGAAGUCUUGCCUCAGCUCGACUUGCCCAAUUACUUACUAUUUUCAGUGCGCCUCGAUUCCUUUUACGCGAAGAUGGAAAUGUGAGACUGUUGUAUUACCUACUUGAAGCUUUUAACAAUGUGAUUCAUUAUCAAAUGUCAGAUAAUCCAAAUUUGAUUUAUGCUUUGAUUAGAGUACAUCCUCGAUUUGAUUAUCUUGCAACUUUUACACUUCAAGAUGGAUUAAAAGAAAUUCAACAACGUAAUUUGAUACGUAGAUCAUCUGAAAUUUCAAAUACAAAUGAAUCAGCUAGAUCUAGUUUAGGCUCAGAUCGAUCUAAAGGAAAAGGUAAGAUGAAAGCAACAGAAGGUAGUGUGAUUGAAGGAUCAAUUAAUGAAGAUUGUGAAGAAGAAUUACAAACCCAACCACCACCCGAGAUGGUAGAGGAACGUAUGAGAGGUAGUGUGGAGAUUACUGCCGUUAGUGUGGGACGGAAUGGGUUUGUGCCUACUGAGACAUGGGUCACUUCUUGGAGGGAUAGUUUGCCACUUGAUACAAUUCAAAUCAUGAUCACCGAACUUAAACCGAAAUUAUCCUCAAUUACACCCAACACAGCAACAGAAACUACAUUAACCCUCUUAAGUUCAGCCACAUUAGUAGGACACUUACCAGCACCAACGAAACCUAAAUCCAGAAGCUUUAAUUUGACAAGUUCAGGAGCUUUAAGUUGGGUAGGAGGAUUAGUUUGGUCCUUAAUCUUUCUAAAAGAUUCGAAUUCACAAGUAGGAUAUUUUAAUGGGAUUGGAAUCGAAUUGUUUGGUGUUAAACAUUUGACCAGUAAUAGUAAGAAUGAUGGUAGUAGAUUGGCUAUGAUUUGGAAACCUUUUGUUAGAGGUAGUAGUCUUAGUACUGAUGGAUUACCUGAUUCACAACCACCACCACCACCACAACCAUCAAUGGUUAGGUAG